AUGAGCCAAAAAGAGUAUACUGCCGAAGAGGUCAAGCAGCAUGUCACCAAGGAUGACCUAUUCAUUGUUGUGCACUCCAAGGUCUAUGACUGCACGAAAUUCCUGGAUGAGCACCCGGGUGGCGAGGAGGUCAUGAUUGAUGUUGCCGGUAUGGAUGCGUCUGAUGCGUUUGAGGAUGUUGGACACUCUGACGAGGCGCGUGAGCAGCUGGAGAAGUUACUGGUGGGAACACUGAAGGAAGACCCGAAUGCGCCCAAG